AUGCACAAGGACCUGAAAACUUGUACUCGGACCCUCUACCUCUGUCCAGCUGCUGGUCCUAUCUCUUUACAUGUUGAUCAAUACAUCCGGUGGCCGGAAGCGAUCCCAAUUCCAGAUGUUUCUUCUCCAACUGCUGUCAUGGCCUUCCAAAGACAUUAUGUUGCGAUUUUUGGUGCUCCCUCUAUCAUCAUGGCUGGUCGUGGCUGUAGUCGCAUCUGCAAUAAAGCCUAUCACCCGCCUGCCAAUAGAAUGGUGGAACGCCUCCACCGGCACUUGAAGGCCUCCCUCCGCGCUGCGGUCGAUCCAGAGAACUGGACGUACCAUAUUUCUCUGGUCUUUCUGGGCAUCCGUUCCUCCUUCAAGCCGGACGUUGACUGUUCCGCCGCUGAGCUAGUGUUCAGUGUCCCUGUCCGACUUCCCGGUGAGAUGAUUUUGCCAUCCCAUCCAGGUGCGGUCGAGGAUCCUGCGAACCCCCUACAUCAACUCCGGCAGUUUUUGUAG